AUGCUCAUUGGUGCCACUUCCCUCACAGUCGCCCUGACUUUGCUCGUUCCGGUACUAGCCGCUCCGUGGCAGCGGGGGCACUGGCGACCCGCUGGAGCGCCUGCUCCAGCUCCAGCUGCUCCAGCACCCGCUCCAGCGGCCCCGGCUCCAGCUCCAGCUCCAGCCCCGGCUCCUGCUCCGGCAGCACCGGGCAAUAACGCGCCCCAGCCCGCAGGCGGCGAGAGCCACAACGUCGAGAUCAUCAACCGCUGCGGCGCCGGCAACCCCGUCUUUGUCGCUCAAGGCGCCGGCGAACGCGGUCCGGGACUCAUCAACGGUCCCCUCCGGGGCGGGGUCGCCUACCUCUCAGGCUACAAAGACUGCGCCGCCAACGGUGUCAACUGCGCUACCGUCGAGUUUACGCUCGUCAACCCCGAUGCGGGCGGGGCGCAGAACUCAAUCAAUUAUUCGCUCCUGGAUGGGAUGGACAGGAUCGCAAAGACUGGGCUGGGGAAUCACAAGUACAAGUAUCCGAUGUUCUUCGAAUAUACGGGUGGCGCGUGUACAGCCAAGGCGCCAGGGGCGUGUACAGGACAGAGCGCGGCGCAGUGCCCUGGUGCGUUCUUGGGCGACGCGACGGAGGUCGGGGCGCCUGUCAAUUGUCUUGGUGCGAACGCUGGGAUCCGGAUUACCUUUUGCUGA